CGCGGAGCGCAGCGCGGCGUCGGCAACGGCGGGGCACUACCUCGGCUCCAGCUCGGGCUCCCGUGGCGUGGGCCGGGCAACGGCCGGGCGGAGGCUCCGUGGCGCGGGCAGGGGGCGUCCGCGCGUCCGCGCCUUCGGGCGGCGGCGUCGCUCCGGCCCCAGGAGUGGCCCCUGCCGCCCGCGCGCUGGGGCGCAGGGUUGGACUUCCUGGAGAAUCAUUUCACAGGGACCGGCACCGCUUGCUGCUGUGACAUGAGGCGGCUCCUUGCACUCUCCCCACAGUGACUUUUGCCUGGAGAGGAGCGGUGCGCACGGGUGGCCUCGGUGUUCGUCGAUGCAGCCGCUGGCAGGACCCGAGGAACCGGGGCGGCCAUGCCUCCCCCCGCCCCCGCUGCCCCCCGCUAACCUGCACCGUGUGGGCGCCCCUGGGACCCCAGAGGACUGACUGUCUGUCUGACCUUGCUUCACGCCCUCAACAACAACCCCCCGAAGAUGUCGCUCGAGUGGCUGUUGGCCUGGAGCUGGUCGCUGGACGGCCUGCGGGACUGCAUCGCCACGGGCAUCCAGUCCGUGAGGGACUGCGACACCACUGCCGUGGCCACGGUGGCCGGCCUGCUGGUCCUGUUCGUGUGGUACUGCUACCGCGUGGGCCGGGAGCAGCCCCGGCCCUACGUCUCCGUCAACGCCCUCAUGCAGGGCGCGGACGCCGACGGGCUGCAGAACGGGUACGUGUACUGCCAGUCCCCCGAGUGCGUGCGCUGCACCCACAACGAGGGCCUCAACCAGAAACUCUACCACAACCUGCAGGAGUACGCCAAGCGCUACUCCUGGUCCGGCAUGGGCCGCAUCCACAAGGGCAUCCGCGAGCAGGGCCGCUACCUCAACAGCCGGCCCUCCAUCCAGAAGCCCGAGGUCUUCUUCCUGCCCGACCUGCCCACCACGCCCUACUUCCCCCGGGACGCGCAGAAGCACGAUGUGGAGCUGCUGGAGCGGAACUUCCAGACCAUCCUGUGCGAGUUCGAGGCCCUGUACAAGGCCUUCUCGAACUGCAGCCUGCCUCAGGGCUGGAAGAUGAACAGCACGCCCAGCGGGGAGUGGGUCACCUUCUACCUGGUCAACCAGGGGGUUUGCGUCCCCAGGAACUGCAGGAAGUGCCCACGGACGUACCGCUUGCUCGGAAGCCUUCGGACCUGUAUCGGGAACAAUGUGUUUGGGAACGCAUGCAUCUCCGUGCUGAGCCCCGGGACUGUGAUCACGGAGCACUACGGGCCCACCAACAUCCGCAUCCGGUGCCACUUAGGUCUGAAGACGCCGAGUGGCUGUGAGCUGGUGGUGGGCGGGGAGCCCCAGUGCUGGGCGGAAGGCCGCUGUCUUCUCUUCGACGACUCUUUCCUCCACACGGCGCUCCACGGCGGUUCGGCGGAGGAUGGCCCCAGGGUAGUGUUCAUGGUGGAUCUCUGGCAUCCGAACGUGGCCGCGGCCGAACGGCAGGCCCUGGACUUCAUCUUCGCUCCGGGCCGGUGAGCCCCGCUCCUGUUUCCGGCUCAGCGAGCGGCCCGGGCGCACCCGCACGGACCGUGGCGCGGCCCAGCGCCCACCGCGUCACGAUGCCACACUCAGAACCUGCCUCCACAGAAAGCUCUUUCUUGGGAUUUUCCCACCACGUUGGGCCCCUCUUUCCUUUUGUUAUCACUAGUGGGCAGUUUCCAGCCUGUAUUUCCUUCAUUUUUUUUUCCUUCCAUUCAUUUGCUUCUGUGGUUCCUUUCUGCCUACUGGCGCGUUACUUUGCUCUGUGGCCGGAGGCUUGGUGCCCGUGUUGUCUGUGUCCGUGGCUAUGUGGCGUAUCAUUCCUCUGAAAUAGAGUAAUCAAGCGGUUACUUGUCUGAACGUAACAACAUACAACUUCUUGUGGUCACCUAAAAAGAAAACCUUGAAGACAAAACACUGCACGCGGGGCACUGGAGAACUCGGCCUCUGCCGCUGUCACAGUCCCACGGGGACCCUCAGCCCCCCCCCCCCCACCGGCAGCGGGGAGUCUGCAGCCCCUGCACCUGGCUGGCUUCGUGGGCAGGAUGGACACGGUCAGGGGCGGUGCCCAGGGUCACAGCCUGGAGAAAUGUCACCCUCUGCUCGCCCCACCCAAAACCCUGUCAGGCCUCCGAUGGCAGAGAGUGGUCGGCUGCUGGGACUGGAGGCUCUUUUGUGACAUUUGUCCCCUUCAGAGCUGAGGCUGGUGUCCUCGAGAGCCCAGCCGGGGCGCCCACGGGUCAGCUGCAGGACGCGUCCUCCACUUACCUCACUGCCUACAGAAGCCCUACUGCCACACCGGGCCGGGACCACUCCCCGUGUUAGCCAUCUGGAUGACGAACCUGGACAUCACCAGGCUGGCCCACUGGAGCCGUGGCGGGGUAAGACCUCCCUCACCUAGUGACGUUCUGGAAAGCCAUUCUCUGGCAAAACUGGAAUCGUAGAUAUGACCAAAGUGUUUUGUUUUGGAGUUCCAUUGCCUAUGAUUUUCCAUUUAUUUGUCUGUACAUAAAUGUUCAACUGCUGGACUCAGACAGUGAGUCAGCCCCGUGUCCUUGUCACCGCACAAGGGGUGUGCUAAGCGACGGCCACCUAAGUGAAUGUGUGAGCGAGGACACUGGGAAGACCUACAAAUGUGAAGGACCCAGAGUCCCGGAGCUGGCCUUUGGUCUCCAGGGAAGGGCACGGCCAGUGCGAGGCACUAAGUCUGGAAGCAGCUCCCUGUUAGCCGUUGUGUGGCAGGGCAGGAGACGCUGAGCUGAGUGAUGCUUGGUGUCAGUGUCAGGCCGAUGCAGCCAUCGGGGGUGUGGCGUGCGGGCAGGUCUCGUGUGCGGGCCCAGUGUCUCUCCGAACAGAAGCCGGCAGCUUCUGUGAGGAGCGGCCGUCAGAAGGAGACACGGCCUAAGACGCACUGGGCAGUUACUAGCCGGGGUGCAAAGAAAACGUAUUUUUCGGUGAUUAGAACGCAGGAAAGGGCAGACAUUUCAAAAACGCCUGGAGUCUUUCUAUGCAUUAGUAUUUGUUCAAGAACCACCGAGGUGCAUGAUUUCUGUACAUACCGACUGCUCUACGUUUACAAAGCCAACAGCCCGCGCAGGCGCUCACGCGGCCCCUGCGCUCACGUGACGUGGUUGGGGAACAGGAGGCCAAUAAAGGAUCUUGCCGAAACCCA